AUGGUAAGAAAACGGAAACUGAGCACUCGCAUUGCUCAAGCUCGCGCACUAUUUCCGGAAAAAUUGCCUUCGGCAGAGAUUCAAGAAGACCUUGGUGAUGUCAUCCUUGAUGACGAUCCAGAGCGAAGUCAGUUCGCUGAAGAGCUCCGGCAACAGACCUUGGCAGCCCUGAGUGCGUGGUUGCGACGCGCGGAGGUCUCCAAGCAGCCAGCUGGUUCCCCGCAGUCUGCAUGGCCUGUAUCACCACGGCAGGUUCGAAGCACAAAGGCUACUUGCGCUGCUGGCACGUGGACUGAAUUCGUGCGAGAUACCUUGCACGAAAGAUUAUCCGAGUGCUUGACAUGCGCCUGGACACAUACCUGUGGGGAAGCGAGCGGCGAGCCACCAAACCAGCGCUUACGGAGGAUCUGCAAGACGUUGAUCCGCACGCACCGUUCGUUCCUAGCCCUACAAGUGCAAGUGCAGCAGGUGGAGGCAAUGCAUCAGCAGCCCAGCGAGCCAAAGAGAGGGCACUUCGCGACCACGGCAGCGCACGAGUUUCAUCUCGAGGACUUCUGGCAAAGCUACAAGUGCAGGCCCUCAACUAGCUGGGCAUCUGCACCCGUAGUUUGCAGUGCGUCGGACACAUGGGACUUGCAGUUCCGCGGUAAGAGAUCGACGCCGAAACCAGAGAUCUUUGGAAGUUGGACUUCCUCCUUAUUCGGUGUGCGGCCCUCCAGCAGAGCGGCCACAGCUCCCGGAGGUGCCCGCAAAGAUUUCUCGUCGAUGACACGGCCUCAAAUGUCCAUGAGGUGGACUUCCUCGCUUUUCUUGGAUGGUGGCGACUCUCUGGCGUCUACUUGGGCUGAUCUGCCAGGACCCGCUGCCGUAAACGAUCUCGAUGAGUCUGUCUUGGACCUACAGAACAUGGACGUCUCCACCCGUUUCGGUUGGUGUUGCUAUUUGCGAGAGGUGGUGAACUCGCCAAUGAUUCUGGCAGAUCCUGGGAUGUUGGACAAAGUUGAAGGCCUGGACGAGUUGCCGGUGAUGGACGCACCGCUCGAACAGUACAUACACGCGUGCAGCAAGCUCGGCACACGACCACGGCCACUGCCGUUCGUCACGGGCCACUCGCCGAACCUUCACGCAGCAAACCACAGCCUCACGGACCAGGAUUUGUUGAGCCUUCUCACCUUGACCAGGCAGGUAGAGCUUGUCGAGGAAGUGGAUCUGUCGGACAACGCAAACCUGACUAACAGAGGAAUGAUGCCGUUCCUGCGAGAAGUCGGUGAGAAGAAGACAUGCCUUUCCUUGCUGAACUUGAGCCGCUGCCGAUCAUUGGGUGAAGCCUCCAUCAACCUGCUCACCUCCAUCAUGAACCAAGGCGGCUUGGGUCUCCUGUGGUCCCUUGAGCUGAGUGGAAUCGCGCUGCCCAUGGGCUCCGUGCGCCCUCUGCUCGAUGCCAUCGGGCAGCACCCGACCCUGACCAAAGUGGGCCUGGCGAGUCUCGGAAUUGGGCGGCUUGGAGUUCGCAGCGCCAAGAGCAGUCUCAGCUGCCUUUUUCAAGGCUACUUGCUGGAGGAGGUCGACUUGGCUUGGAACACCUUCGACAGUGCAUCUUUUGCGCAGCUGGGCCGCUGCUUGACAGCUGCGGUGAAGCUUCGCACUCUGAGCAUUGCUGGAUGCUCCAGUUCAUCGCGUUCGACCCGGGACCUGCCCAUCGAGCAUUUUCUUGAACAGCUGCCGAAUGCCCAUAAAUUGUCUUUCCUGAACAUUACAUUCAACCACAUAGACUUCCGUGGCGCCUUCAUCCUCGAAGACGCAUGUGAGAGUUUGCGGUGCCUGAAGCAGCUCGUGAUCGUCGACAAUCCCCUUGGAGUGCUUGGGCAGCGUUGCCUUUUCCGGCUCUUGGCCCAGAAGACGUCGGGCUUGGAAUGGUUCGACUGCGAAGGCUGCGCAUAUGAAAGUGCCUCCUUCAGUUUGGACAAGGACUCGAAGCAGGUUUUCUGCCCACAAAGUCCGUCGAGGCAAUUUGAGUUGGAUCUGGCUCGGCCUUACCAUCGAGCUCUUCUGCGGCGCCUCUACAAGACAAGUGAGCGAUUCAGAAUCAGACCAUCGAUUUCCUUCGGACAGCUGAAGAGCUCCACCGGGUACCAGCAUCCUCACAAGAAUCGGGGCACCUGGAACUUGGCCACAGGAGGAGAUCUCUCUGUAAAUUUCCAAGUGGAUGGCAUAGGCAAUGAGUCCUUGGAGGGAGCGCGGUUUUCAAGCUUCGACGGCUACCUGGUCCAGUAUACACGGAACCGUCGAAUCAAGCCUGCUGUGCACAAGGUGGUUCCCCUGCUAGCACUUUGGAGGAGGAAUCGCUUCCGAGCCAAGGAGCAAGAGACCAUGCUGCAGUGCCUGUUCAAGGACUUUGUCUUGUCUGUGGAGCAAAUCCGGGCUUUCGUCUGGGCCAGUGCA